AUGGGGAAGAACAACAAAUCACCUUCGAGAGAUUGGAAAGAAAUGGACUAUGAAGUGUUGUUGAGAAUCUUCAUGACUCUCAAUAUGGUGGAUUUCGUUGCUGUUUCUUGGGUGUGCAGCUCCUGGCGAAAAGUUUGCCAAGACCAAGUGUUUUGGAAUGGGAAAGUGUUAGAUCUUAGCAAGUUGCCUUUGCAACUCACCCAAUCAAGUCCCAGGAUGAUUCAGUUCUUGAUGUACGUUUUAUAUCUCAGUGGCGGCAAAUUAGGUUAUCUGAUAUUCGACUUUCGUCUACCUUUAACCGAUGGGAUCUUCAUUAACAUUGCUAGAAGGAGUGUUAAUCUGAGGCGACUUCUGCUACCAGGACGCCAUCUGCAGCUCACAGAUGCAGGAAUAAAAGAAGCGAUGCAGAAUUGGGAAGGGCUAGAGUCGUUCACAAUCACAGACAGCGAAAUUGCUUGCAGCAUUAUUGAGGCCAUAGGCAGAUAUUGCCGGAGAAGCUUUCGUGAAUUAAAGAUAACCUGCCAUUUCUCGUUGAAGAUUGCGCUCAAACUGAUAAAGUAUGUGCCCAAACUUAAGAGACUGAGUCUUCAGUCCACAAGAGUGAACAAAGAUGCUCUGGUUUUCGCGGUGGCUCAGUUGGGAGAACUGGAAGAUCUGAAUGUGUCGCACAGUUUCAUUGUUGGAGGCGAUCGGCCAGAAAACAUCACAGUAUUCUCUCAACAUCAAGUGCCAGACAUUCUGGUGGGUGAGGUGCUGAGAAUGCCGAGGAUAAUAAGCUGUGGACUCUUCUGUAAUAUGUGCGAGGAUGUGUUGUUUUGGAAUAUGGCAAAUGAAUGGGAGAACCCCGAGGAGCAAAUUUGGCGCGAAGAUGAGAUAUUAACUCUUCGAGUUUAA